AUGCUUGCGGGCUCACGUCGCUUUUUACCAGGUUUUAAUUCUUUCGCCACCGGGCGCACGCUUCGGCUGCUGUUCGCAUUCAUUGGCAUAGCCAUCGGAGUCAAUAUUCUUGUUCUCUUUGACUGGACUUUCGUCGAAAACCUGCCAAGCGAUCUACUUGGGAAACAUGCAUUUCACCCCAAGCCUUUCGCACCAUUACCACAUGACCUCGACGCCCAAGCCGACAAUGGCCUGGACUUCUGGACUUGGAACACCACGACACAGUUCAAAAAGAUAAAACACUCUGAAUGGCGGGACGGCUCCACAGACGAAUGCGCUCUCUUCCCAGUGCAUCUGCUCUCGAAGGUUCAGGUCAUCCUCAAGACCGGAUUAGCAGACGACAAAUCACGAACGGAUGCUCAACUCUCAACAGUCAUUAAGUGCAUCUCCGAUGUUUUGAUCGUUUCAGAUGGUAAUCAUACCUAUGGUCGCGACCACCGAACUAUCGACGUUCUCGCAGACUUGCCACCGAACACGUACCUGAAAUCAGAGGACUACGUCGUUUACGAGACGCAGAAGAACGCAAGUCGCCAGGGCACGAAGCUACAACAGGGUCAUGAAGGUUGGAGGCUUGACAAGUAUAAAUUCCUACCGGAAGUGCAAAAAGCGAUUGAUCACAACAAGGCGGCUGAGUGGUACGUCUUCCUGGAGAGCGAUACAUACAUCUUCUGGGACAAUGUCUUCCGUCUUUUGGAGAACUACAAUAGCUCGCUGCCUUACUAUUUUGGAUCGCCUUCGCCCGGACGAACGUACCAUUCUGACGCGCAGCCUAACGUGAAGAAACAAGUGUGGUUCGCGUACGGAGGCGCCGGCUUCAUACUUUCCCAAGCCGCUGCGCAUCGACUCGUUGAUCGCCACCGCAACACCUUUGGUCUCAAGGGCCCUCGUCUCACCAGAAAAUACAAAGAAGACAUUAGAGCCGAUUGUUGUGGCGACAGCAUACUAGGAUGGGCGCUGCACGACAAAGCCGGAGUCGAUAUCAGCGGUCUAUGGCCCAUAUUCAGCCCUCAUCGACUCGAAACUAUUCCCUUCGACCCAGCCCUCUACAAAGACCUUUGGUUAUGGGAAAACGAAUGGAAAGCAAGUAGCAACGUUACUACGCGCUAUCGCGACCUGUUAUACCGCGCUCUGCUCUCCGCCUUGCAAGGCGAAUAUCCGCAGCGCGAGAACUGGGACGCAGCCUUCGACGCGGGAUUCUAG